AAAAGGAAAGCUAAGGUAACGGAUACACACCCAGCCACCAAACAGAAAAAAAAAAAUAAUUUCAAAAAAUGGAGGAAAUAGAGAGUAAGAAAGGCAAAGAGAGAUGGUCUCUCCAUGGAAUGACCGCUCUGGUCACCGGAGGUACCAGAGGAAUUGGCCGUGCGGUGGUGGAGGAGCUACUGAGCUUUGGGGCGGCGGUGCACACGUGCACACUGGACGAAGCGGAGCUGCGGUCGUGCGUAGAGCGGUGGAAGGGGAUGGGUUACCUGCGAGUGACCGGAUCCGUCUAUGAUGUGUCGUCGCGGGAGCAGCGCGAGCAGCUCAUGAAGGAGGUGGCCUCCCUCUUCUCCGGAAAACUCAACAUACCCGUAAACAAUGCAGGAACAGUCAUAGUAAAACCAACUAUAGAGUACAGUGAAGAGGAUACUGCGCACAUAUGGGCCACUAACUUUGAAUCAGGCUAUCAUCUCAGCCAGCUCUCGCAUCCACUCCUGAAGGAGUCAGGACGCGGCUCGAUCGUUUUCACCUCUUCUGUCGCCGGUAUCGUCGCUGUACCUUACGGGACCCCUUACGCUGCAACUAAAGGAGCAAUUAACCAGCUGGCGAAGAAUCUGGCAUGUGAGUGGGCCAAGGACAACAUUCGGGCUAACUGUGUCGCUCCUUGGUUUACGAUGACUCCCUUAGUUGCUCCGAUUCCUAGAGGUUGCUGUGCAAACUAGCAUGCAAAUGGAUCUUAGUCAAUGGAGCUCUCAUUCAGACCCACUGAGAAUGAAAUAAUAAUAAUAAGUGGAGGACCCCUCUCCGCACCCUAUCCGCUAAAAGAAUGGAGCAGUAAACAGAGGAUUCCUUUCGUCUCUUGAUUCGCUCCGAUUUAUCAAAAUUUAUAAAAUCCUGUUUUCGUCCCAAACUGCUCUGGAUAGAACAGUAAAUAAGGACAAAGAAUAAUAUAAAUCAACAUGUUCUAAGUCUCUCAUGAUUCCCUAAAGAAUAGGGGGGCUAUAACCAUGAGUUAAAAGGUGUGAUUUGUUGUGUGGGAUUAGAGUUGGACCUUUCCCUGAGAUUGUGGGUUUGAUCAAAACCAGUCCAAAGUACGAAACCCUAUCGGAUCAUUCUUAAACUCAAUUCCUAAUUUUAAAUUAGCAGCAGAUUUUACUACAAAAACUAUUAACUUAUGACACAAUAAAAAGAAAAAAAAAAAAAACUAUGGUGUUCAUAUAUAUGCUUUAGUCCAAAACUCCUA